CUCGUGCCUUAGACUUUUGCUUGCUUUAAAGCAAAAGGCAGCCAACAUAUAUUCGCAGUUACCAUACAACUCGUGCAUUCGAUAGAUUAAGUCUCACCAAGGUUCGUUCUAAAAGUCUCACUCCGUUAUCACCGUAAAACAUUGCAUCAACCGCAUCUGCUGGCAACAUGUCGGUGCAACUGAAAAAUUGGGAUUCAUUUGAAUCAUUUGAACAACUGGAAUUAUUUAUAAAGUCGAGGGUACCAAGCUGCAUAAGAGAUAGUUUCCAAAACCUUAACCACGCUAUUAAAGAGUUUGAUCACCCCAACGUACUAGGAGACCUGGUUCCUAAAAUCUUGCGUCUGGCCAAAGAGGCUGGCGCCGAAAGAUUUGAGACGUAUGUGCAACGAAGAGGAGCCGACGAAUUCUUGAUGACCAAAAGGGACAUUGCUCGGAUGAUGGCAAACGGAUUCUUCUGCAAUUUUGCAAAUCCUGGCGAACCUCUGAACUUCUGCAGGCUCUACCGCAGCACAAGCGGCGAUGAAAACUCAAAAGUGGAAAAGCUGAAGUGCCUUUUAGAGUACUUCCGCCAGGUCACUUCCAGCAACAUUUCUCCCAAUCUCGAUGAGAUGGUGACGUUCAAACUCUGUCGUGUGGAAAGGAUUCCAAAAUGGGAGGAAUGUGGAGAUAAAAUGGGAAAUUUCAUUUUUGAAAAGAGCAACAUGUUCGACUGUGACAAAGAACUGGCUCAGGUUGAUUUCGCAAACAAGAGCAUCGGAGGAGGAGUUAUGAGCAAUGGAUGUGUGCAGGAAGAAAUCAAGUUCAUUACGUGUCCGGAGCUGAUCGUGUCCGCGAUGAUUUUCAAAAAUUACAUGGCAGACAACGAGGCCAUCGUGAUCGAAGGCGCCGCUCCAUACGCAAAAUACACGGGUUACGGCAAAACGUUCAAGUUUGCCGGGCCGGUUACGAACCUAGAGAAGGAGAAGAAAUCAAAAACCAUCAUCGCGAUCGACGCCAUCAACUUCCACGAGUCGGGUGUCCACGGACCUAAGUACCAGCAGUACUCCAAGCAGGCGGUGGAUAGGGAGCUGCUCAAGGCCUACGUCGGAUUCUCCAACUGCCCGGGACAGAUGAACAUCGCGAGUGGAAAUUGGGGCUGUGGAGCAUUUGGGGGUGACGUCGAAUUAAAAAUGUGCAUCCAGUGGUUGGCAGCCAGCUAUGCUGGGAAAGAACUCUACUAUUUCGGUUAUUCUGACAGGUUACUGUGCAAGGCAUAUGACGAUUUGCUAAGCUCCUUCAACUUCCUCACACUAGGAGAGGUGUACUCCCAGAUUGUAAAUUUGUGUGUAAUGAAGGCCAAAUAUUUUCCAAAUAUGUCAAUCGUUGAAAUAUUAAAUGAAACAAGAAGAGCUCACAAUCAGCAGAUGGCAGCUCCGCAGAAUUCCUACCAAGCGAAUGCUGAGCAAGUGGAUCCUGCAGAUGAAGCAAUGGAACCAUUUGAGGUGAUCUCCGGUGAUGAAACAGGAAACUACCACAGCAGGCAAAUGUACCCAAAUUUACCUGGAACCACCGCACAACCUGUUUAUUCGUCGCCGUUGCAGAUAAAUCAAGAGCAUAGCAUGACAAGAAACAUGCCAACACCGCCGUCAACUCCGAGUGACAGUCAAGGAUUUCAGCAGUGGCCUUCCCAAGGAUCAGACCAGGGUGGUGGUGUCGGCAGUCUUGUCACAAGUUAUAAUAAUAAGGUUAAAAAUCAAAGACAUCCAAGAAAAAAUUGACUUCUUGUAUACUAAAUAACAAUCUUACAAAUUUAAUCAUUUAUAUCUUGAUUGUCGUAUGCUUUAUGCAAUAAUUGCGAAAUAUUCAUGUAUUAAAAUUAAAAAAAGGAGUUA